AUGCACUAUGUUGCAUCCUACCAGCUGGCCACACUUGGAGGCAACUCCUCCCCCAACGCCAAGGGCAUCAAGGAGAUACUGGAUAGUGUGGGCACUGAGGUGGAUGAGGAGCGGCUCAACAAGGUCAUCAGUGAGCUGAACCGAAAAAACAUUGAAGACAUUAUUGCCUAGGGCAGUGGCAAGCUUGCCAGUGUGCCGGCUGGUGGGGCUGUGACUGGCUCUCCUGCUCCUGGCUCUGCUGUUCCCACUGCUGGUUCCAGCCCUCCUGCAGAGGAGAAGAAAGAUGAGAAGAAGAAGGAGUCUGAAGAGUCUGAUGACAAUAUUGGAUUUGGCCUAUUUGAUUAA